CUACAGUAAGAAGAAGACGCCAUAAGCAACAACAUCGGAACGCGCACAAUACACACGAAAAACAAGUGGAAUAAAAUAACCAAUAUUUUUGUGUCAUGCGUUUUCACGCUUGAAUGUGCAAUAUAUGCAAUUUACUCAUCAGUGCUUAAAUCGUGACAAAAACAUUUGCAUUUGAAACAAAGCAAAGCACUCAAAUUGACACCAACACAGACACACGGGCACAUAUGAAGCGCAUUGCCAGAGGCUUUGCUGCUGGUUAUUGCUGCUGCUCUUGCUGCUGCUGCUAGUGCUGCUGCUGCUCUGGACAGGAGAUAAACAAUGAAAGGUGCAAGUGAAUCAAAUUGUGCACAAUUAUUGUUUCAAUUACUAUUAUGUGCAGUGCUUGUUUUCGACUGUCGCGCGCAAGAUGAAACGCUGCACACGACAACGAAAACAAAAACAAAAUAACAAGGUCAGCAACAACAAGCACAACAGCAACGAGAGCAAUAGUAACACGCAAAUAUAUACAUACAUAGUAUGUGCAUGGACAAGAAGCGAAAAGAAGAAAACAAGAAAUAUCGUAACAAAAUACACUGUGAACAAUCGUGCGGCAAAACUAAUACAAUCAAAGUUACGUCGCUGUUGCCAUUCCGUUAAAUGCCCAAACAGGCGAGUCGAGUCGAACCGUACUGUACAUCCCCCUCGCACCCACAUAUUUAACAUAACUGUGCUGCCGCCGCGCAUAGCCAAGGAAUAACAACAGCAACAACAGCAACAGGAAAUAAAAGAGCUGCUACCAAAGCAACCACCGAAAUGUCGUCGCUCAAGGUUGCCGUAAGGGUUCGCCCCUUCAACUCGCGGUAAAACGAUAUGGACGCCCAGCUAAUUGUGGAGAUGGAGGGCAAGAAGACGCGCCUGCUGAAGCCGCGCUUGCAGUCGAUACGCGACGCCGGCCGGGAGGCCUACCACGACUUCACCUUUGACUAUUCGUACUGGUCAUUCGACCCGGAGGACUCGCAUUUCGCCACCCAGGAGCAGGUGUACAGCGAUCUGGGCAACGAUGUGGUCGACUGUGCCUACGAAGGUUACAAUGCCUGCGUCUUUGCCUACGGCCAGACGGGGUCGGGCAAGACGUUCACCAUGAUGGGCACGCCGAGCAAUCCGGGUCUGAUACCGCGCAUUUGCGAGGAGCUGUUCGCGCGCAUGCGCGUGGGCCAGGAGUCGGGCACGGGAUAUCGCACACACGCCAGCUACCUGGAGAUAUAUAACGAACGGGUGAAGGAUCUGCUCGCGGCGCAGAGCACAGGCCAUGCGCUACGCGUGCGUGAGCAUCGCAGCCUGGGCCCCUACGUGGAGAACUUGUCGCAGCAUGCGGUCUCCGACUUUGAGGAGAUACAGGAGUGCAUUGCGCGCGGCAAUGCCCAUCGCACCACGGCCAGCACCAACAUGAAUGACACGAGCAGCCGCAGUCACGCCAUCUUUACGAUUACGUUUGUGCAGGCCGUCUUCAUGAAUGACAUGCCAAGCGAGACCGUCUCCAAGAUCCAUUUGGUCGACUUGGCGGGCAGUGAACGGGCCAAUGCAACGGGUGCAACGGGACAGCGGCUAAAGGAGGGUGCCCACAUCAAUAAGUCCCUGGUCACGCUGGGCAGCGUCAUUUCAGCAUUAGCGGAACAGACGAGCGCCCAUAAUACUUCCACGUUGGCCACCACACCGAACGGGGGCACGAAGCGCGUGCUCUACAUUCCCUAUCGUGACUCCAUACUCACCUGGCUGCUGAAGGACAGUCUGGGCGGGAACAGCAAGACAAUCAUGAUUGCAGCUCUGUCUCCGGCGGACUGCAACUACAGCGAAACGCUGAGCACACUGCGCUACGCGAAUCGCGCCAAGAACAUCAUCAACAAGCCCACGGUUAAUGAGGAUGCGAACGUGAAGCUCAUACGCGAGCUGCGCGAGGAAAUCAACAAGCUCAAGUCCAUGCUGACUGGCGAUGUCCAAUCGCUGCAGCCCUCGCUCAAGAUGCUGGCCGAUCUGCAGAAGAAGGAGGCGCAGGAGAAGGUCCUUACCGAGGAGUGGACCGAGAAGUGGAAGGUGGCUCAGUCCAUAUUGCAGGAGCAAAAGAGUCUCGGGCUGCGCAAAUCCGGCGUGGGCGUUGUCCUCGACUCGGAGAUUCCGCAUUUGAUCGGCAUACACAAUGAUGUCACCACAGGCGUCACUCUCUACAGUCUGAAGGAGGGCGAAACUCGCAUCGGCACUGAGGAGGCAGAGGUGCCGCAGCACAUUGAGCUUAUGGGCGAUGGCAUACGGCCACAGCACUGCAGCAUUAUACUCAAAGGGGGUGUGGCUACGCUGCAUCCCUGCCAGCAAGCCCAGUGCUGGGUCAAUGCGCAUCUCAUCGAUGAACCCAAACAGAUUUCUCAGGGCGAUAUCAUACUGCUCGGUCGCACCAACAUUUUUCGCUUUAACAAUCCCACCGAGGCGGAAAAAUUACGCAAAGACUUGAAUCGCUCACAGCUGGAUAUGUCGCGCCUGUCGCUAAUAACAUCGUCGCGGGAAAACCUGCUCACAUGCAGCACCUAUGUGGACGAAGAUGCCAUGACAGGCAGCACAACAUCGCCCUAUAAACGAUCCGACCGCCAAUAUUAUCCGCAACGGCCCACGUCGCGUGACGAUCCCGAGUUGCAGGAUGAAAAUCGCAAAAUUCUGGAUACCAUUGAGAAUGCUCUCAAGCAACUGAAUGUGGAGCGCGUUCAGAUGCAUGACCAAUACAAGACGAAGGUGCGAAAGCUAACGGAGGAACUGAAGCGUCUCGAGUUGGAAAAAAUGGAUAACAUGCAGAUAUUGAAUUGCCGUGAGCAGGAGCUGCUUGCACGCAAGGAUAUGCUGCUCUGGGAGAAGAACAAUGAAAAGGUUCAGAUCGACAUUGUGUGUAGACAAAUUUCAGCAUUUCAAACGCAGCUCGACUCUAAGAAACGCGAUUUCUCUGAGUAUGUAGCGAAAGAAUUGCAGGAGCUGCAUGAUUGUGGCAAACUUGACGAGAUGGGAGUAAAGAUUGAGAACGGCACUCCCCUAAAUGACGAGCUGCUGCUGCACGUCUCCGAUUCGCUAGAUUUGUUUGCAGCACAAUUUAUCAAGGAUACGGUACGAAGAAAUAAUGAGGAGAUACGCAGGCUGGACGAGCAAAUUGCUGAGAAGGAACGCAUACUGAACGCUAGCACCAGCAAGAUCGCCAAGGUGGAUGAGACCAUGCUGGAAAUACAGACGCAAUUGGAGCGAUUGAAGCAGGAGCGUGCUGAAAGCGAGAAGGAGACCCAGGCCAUGCGGGCUAAGAAGCAGAGCAUGCAACUGCUGAUGCCAGCUGCAAAUGAUACGGACGAAGUUUCGAAAUCGGACACAUAUGAAACCUGUGAUACCUUCCAUACGGCUCAAUCGGAUUUCUCGCUGUUGUCAUCGCCUACCAUCACGGAGGGCCAGCAGUCGCCGCUGAGCAAUUGCUCGUGCGAUCGAGACGACGACGCUGAGGACACGCGCAAGGAUGACUUCUCUGGCAGCAGCGAGGAUGCUUCACGCACAUGCACUGCCGGCCCGAGCAGUGGCAGCGGCAGCACCUCAAAUGCGCCCAGCUUGCAGGCCAUAAUGAGCGACAGCGGAGUGUGCCUGGAGAGCCGGAAUCAGGCGGUGGUCCAAAAUGGAUCGGGUGGCAAUUACAGACAGACCACGCGCACCAGCGACGAUGAAACGGGCUCCUGUUCCUCCUGCGAGCUGGGACGAAACUCAGACGUGACGCGCGCCUAUUGUCCGCUCCAUGUGCAGCGCCGCAAGAUCGCUGCUCAGAAGGCUCAAAUUAUGAAAAGUCUCGAAACGGAUGUGAACAAAGCGCAGCUGGACGAGCAGAUUGCGGUGCUGCAGGAACUUCAGCGGAGCUACAUGCAGAUGGAGCAGGAAUUGCUGCAAACAGUGCAGGACCUGGAGUCCCACGCGGAUUGUUGCAGAGAGGAGCGCACUGGCAUGGAGAGACAAUACGAGCUGGAAAGCUCCAUAAUGCGCUCCAGUGUGAUGAGUCCAACCAGUAUGGAGGAAUCUACCUCACAGAUAUAUUCGCCCAGUAUGACGAGAUCUUGCCCCUCCAUGAGAGAAUUUCCUGAAGGCGAACACUUCAUUACCAUACCAAGUUUCGUGAUGCGCGGAGCUGGCAAGCAGACCCACUACGAAUACGAGGUACGAAUUGCUCUUCCCGAUGGCAAAUUAAACAUCUUGCGUCGUUAUAGUCGCUUCCGAGAGCUGCACUUGUGCAUGAAGCACUGCUAUGGUGCCAAGAUCUCUGCACUGCCUUUUCCUCGCCGGGAGUUUUUUGCGUCGAACAGUGAGCCGGUAGCGAAGCAUCGUCGUCGCUUGCUGGAGCUAUACUUGCGUCGUCUUUUCGUCGUUUGCUCGAAAAUACCGCAGUGUCCAAUUUAUGACGGACCCGGGGGACCGGGCCUCACGCGUGCCUCCCUCGUUCAGCUGUCGUCUUUUUUCAAGAAGGGCCUGUUCGAGAACGGAAAGCACGGGACGGGAUAAUAGUUAGCCUACUGCUGAAUUAUCUCCUGCCUACAGUGUGUCUAUUUAUUUAUUUGUACUAUCUGCUUAGCUAUAUGAACGAAAACUUGGGCCU